CUGAACUUGGCCAUGGAGUCGACAAGAGUUGCCAUCCUGGGUCUCUUUCUGCUGGUGGUGUUUGGAUCAUCCAGUGCCAAAGUUGAGGAGGAGAACCCGGAGUUCUGGAGGUCACAGGCGCGGAAGACAUUGCAGUCAGCUUUGGACAGGAAGCUCAACACCAAUAUUGCCAAGAACAUCCUGUUCUUCCUAGGAGAUGGCAUGGGAAUCACAACCUACACAGCAGCUCGUAUCCUCAAGGGACAGCUGCAGAACCAGACAGGAGAGGAGACAGUGAUGACAAUGGACACCUUCCCCAACGUGGGAUUGGUUAAAACCUAUAGCGUGGACUUCCAGAUUCCAGACAGUGCAGCCACAGCCACAGCAUAUCUAUGUGGAGUGAAAACCAACCUGAACACCGUAGGCGUGAGUGCAAAGGCACGCAACGGAGUCUGCAAGACUGAGAAGGGCAACGAGGUCACGUCCAUUCUCAAGUGGGCCAAAGAUGCUGGAAAGUCUGUUGGGAUUGUAACAACCACACGGGUUCAACAUGCUACCCCAGCAGCCAGCUACGCCCACAGUGCCAGCAGGAAGUGGUACAGUGAUGCCGACAUGCCAGAUGCCGCGAAGAAGAACGGUUGCACCGACAUCGCCUCGCAGCUCCUCAGAAACACAGACAUAGAUGUGAUAAUUGGUGGUGGCAGAAAGUACAUGACCCCCAAGGGCACCAAGGACCCAGAAUACCCCAGGGAUUACUCCUCCUGGGGCAUAAGAAAAGACGGACGCAAUCUCAUCAAUGAGUGGCAGAGCUUGAAAACUGGAAAGGUAGCCCACUAUGUGUGGAACAAAACAGAUUUCGAUGCUGUUGACCCUGAAACCACAGACUACCUAAUGGCUCUGUUUGAACCUGGUGAUCUGCACUUCGAGGUGGAGAGGGACCCAAGCAUGGAACCAUCCAUCGUCGAGACCACAGAAAAGGCCAUCCGUAUUCUCCAGAAAAACCCUAGAGGCUUCUUCCUGCUAGUGGAGGGUGGGCGUAUCGACCAGGCUCACCACGCUGGCCGGGCUUACAUGGCCCUCCAUGAGACGGUUGCUUUUGACGAUGCCAUCGCCAAGGGCCUUGAACUGACCAAAGAGUAUGAAACUCUCACUAUAGUGAUGGCUGACCACUCCCACCCUGUUACCUUCAAUGGAUACCCAUUUCGAGGGCAAAGCAUUCUAGGUAAAUCACCCCUGUGGGGCAAAGACAUGCUGCCUUACACCACGCUGAUGUACGGCAAUGGGCCCGGACACAAAAUCACCAAUGGCAAACGCCCUGAUAUUCGCAGUGUUAACACCAAAACUAAAGACUACAUCCAGCUGUCUGCAGUGCCCACAGAGUCGGCCACCCACAGCGGAGAGGAUGUGGCCGUGCUCGCCCGAGGACCCAUGGCUCACCUCUUCCAGGGCGUCCAGGAGCAGAACUACAUCGCCCACGCCAUGGCCUAUGCUGCCUGUGUGGGCGCCGACCUGAGGCACUGCCAGGGGCUAACUGAAGCACCUGUGGGUAACACUAUCUUCACCGAUGAUAAGAACGGACAUGGUGGAGCUCGUGGCUCAGCUGCUCUAGUCAGUAGCCUCCUCAGUGUGCUGCUGGCAUUUACCCUGCUGAUGUAAGAUCCCUUUCCUUGGUGAAUCCUAUUGACCUCAUUCCACUGGCAACAUUAAAGGGAUCAGAGGUCAGCUUGAUAGAGGAGUGGGCAGGGAUUCAGAGACUUGCUGAAGGAAAAUGAGCGGAUGUUUGCCGCUGUGGCUUUUUGAACCAGGGUUUUCCCCAUCUUCCAAAGGUUGAAAAGAAUCAUUACCGCUAGUGUCUAUUCUCCAAUCGAUGAAGGAGAAUGGGCACUAACACUGUAAAAAUAAUAACCUAUUGGAUGUGAAUUCAUCUUGUUUCUGCUUUAGCAGUUUACUGAAUCCCUGUGUUAAACCAAUAAACCUGUCAUUGAAUAAAGAGUUGGUUUUUCACUAUAUUGUUGUCUAUAUAAAACAAUGUAUAUGUAAUGUGUUGCUUUCAACUUUGUAACAAUGCAUUUUUAAGUCAAUCAGAUGGGUUUUUGAAUGGUUUAUUUAGCUGAAGAAAUGGAAGAAAUCAUAAUGGAACUUAUUCCUUCAAUUUAUCUGAAAAGUUCAAAGUUGCCCAAUUGGGAGAUAUAAGAUUUUCUUGGAGAGUGAUGAGUGUAAGCUUCAAAAACAAAUUGACCGAUUCCAAUUUUCUGCAUCAAGUUUCAUGUUGAAACAUCCAUGUUACAGAAUGCUGUUGUCGUCCAAUUCUUAUCUCCCAGCACAUUUAAAGGAAUAACUCUCCAUUUUAGGAAAUAUGCUUAUUGGUUUUCUUGCCAAGAAUUAGACAAGAUGAUUUACACCACACUCAUAUUGGAGUGCAAGUAUGGAGCUAGGACUAGGAGUUUCUGCUUGUUGUAUCUCAUGGUCAUGGAGUUUGCCAAGAAAUAUUUCCGACAUGUUAACGACAACUUGUUGUUUUUACACAUCAAAGAUGAAAACACAAAAUACAACUAAUAAAUCAGUGGAUUUCU